UUGAAGUUUAAAGACGGUGGUGACAUAACAAAACCGAUUAUUGGUCGAUACUGUAACAGUCGACGUCCAGAAGGACCGAUCGUGUCGACAAGUCCGAGAAUGGUUAUUCAGUUCCACUCGAAUCAGACUGUGAAUGGGAAAGGCUUCAAAAUAUCUUAUACUUCGACCUGUGAGAAGCACUUCAAUCAGAUAAACGGAACAAUUCAAAGUCCAAACUAUCCGGACGGUAGCGCACGUGCAUUCAAGUGCACUUAUGUGAUUGAUGCGCAUCGAACCAAGGCCAUACGUUUACGUUUCAAGUUCAUUGGAUUGAAGCUGGAUGUGCGAUCGUGCUUCUAUGAUCAGUCGAAUCAGGACACGCGUCGCGAUUACGUCGAAUUUUCUGGCGGUCACGAUUCACACAGUCAGAUCAAUAAACGAUAUUUCUGCGCUCGUUAUCCGUUUAUCGCUCCUGAUGGCGAGAUUGUAAGUUUACUUAAUGAUUUACGCGAAACGUUGCGGAUAUAA